AUGGUCUCCGAUUUGAACCUAGACUUAUCGCAUAUAACGAACCCACAAACCAGAACCCAACACUCGAGACCCACUCGUCUCUCUCUCUCUCUCUCUCUCUCUCUCUCUCUCUCUCCCUCUUCCAUGGAGUUCCUACCGCUUCAAGCCCUAAAACUCCUCGGAAAAGGUGCCACAGGAACAGUCUUCCUCGUCCACGACGUCGUUUCGGAUCCAUCGGCUUCUUCUCCAUUCGCGCUAAAGCUCGUCGGGAAAUCUUCCUCUGCCUCCUCCCUCCGCCGCGCCCAGUGGGAGAUCCAGGUCCUCCGCCGCCUAACCCACGACCCGGACCCCAACCCUUUCCUUCCCAACCUCCUAGGCACCGUCGAUUCCCCUGCUUUCCUCGCCUGGGCAGUUCCGUACUGCCACGGCGGCGACCUCAACGUCCUCCGCUACCGCCAAAACGACGGUGUUUUCAGUUCCGCCGUCAUCAGAUUCUACUUGGCCGAGAUCGUCUGCGCACUCGACCACCUCCACUCCAUGGGCAUUGCCUACAGAGAUUUGAAACCCGAGAACGUACUGAUUCAGCAAUCGGGUCAUGUAACCCUCACCGAUUUCGAUCUUUCACGAAGCUUUAAGAAGCUCGAACCCGACCCGGAAUCGGAAUCGGAAUUGGACCCGUCCCGAAAGCCACAGCUGCGGAGUAUCUCCCGUUGGGUUUCGCUACCGGCGAAAACAGAACCCAAAACAGGGUUGAAGAAGACGAGAACCGCGAGGGUUAACCCGUUGAAUCGCCGGAGAUCAAGCUUCUCCGGUGGAGAUCGGUCGAAUUCCUUCGUGGGCACCGACGAAUACGUCUCGCCGGAGAUUCUCCGCGGCGAGGGCCACGAUUUCGCCGUCGAUUGGUGGGCACUUGGGGUUUUGGCAUACGAGAUGAUGUACGGAGAGACUCCGUUCAAGGGGAGGAACAAGAAGGAAACGUACGCGAACGUGUUGACGAAGGAGCCGGAGUUCGCCGGAAAACCGUCAGAUCUGUCGGAUUUGAUGCGGCGGUUGCUGGUGAAGGACCCGACACGGCGGUUGGGUCGCCACCGUGGCGCCGCGGAGAUAAAGGAGCACCGAUUCUUCGCCGGCGUGAGGUGGGACCUUCUCACGGAGGUUAUGCGACCACCGUUUAUCCCGUUAAGAGACGACGGAGAGUUGACGGAGAAGUUAACGUCGUCAUGUGGGUUUGAUGUUAGGGAACAUUUCGCGAGGCUGACGUCGCCGCCGUCGUCGUUGUCGCCGUCAGGUGCUCCGUUACAGUCUCCACCGCACGAGUGGCAUAAAACCAAAUCGUUUAUUGAGUUCUGAUCCACGUGUGGGAAUCUGACCACGUUAAGAGAUUUUAGAUAAUUCGUUUUUCUUUUUUUGCUUUUUGUGUUUAUUUAGCUUUUGUUUUUUAUAAAUCGAUGUAUAUAAAAUAAACGUUACUAAUCAUAUUAUUUUUUCA